GCUCGCGCCCCGGCCGCGGCUGCCUCCGGCACGCGCCCAACGACAGAGGGAGGAGUGAGCGAGCGAGACGCGGCGAGAACCGCCUCGCGCACCCUACGGGCCAAAGAGGGGCCCGCAGACAGACGCGGAAUUCUCAGGCGCUGAGGCGGCAAGAGCGUGAUGGCGGCGGCAGCAGCAAGGCUGAAGUGGGAAGCGACUCCUCGCUCCACCGGGUCUUCCUCUCUUCCCGUGGUGACCGAGAGCCUAGCAGUGACGACGCCAGUCCCCUGGCUAGGAGUAGCGCUGCGGUUGUUGGUCGCGCUGCUUCUUAACGCGGCCCGGGCCGACAAAGAAGCUUUUAUCCAAUCAGAUAGCAUAAUAGAAGUCCUACGCUUUGAUGAAGGAGGCUUAUUACAGACUGAGACAGCUAUUGGCCUCAAUUCAUAUCAACAGAAAAGUGUAUCUAUGUACCGAGGAAAUUGCAGACCUAUUCGGUUUGAACCACCAAUGCUGGAUUUUCACGAACAGCCGGUUGGGAUGCCAAAAAUGGAAAAAGUUUACUUGCAUAAUCCCAGUUCAGAAGAGACUAUUAUAUUAGUUUCAAUAUCUGCAACAACGUCACACUUUCAUGCUUCUUUUUUUCAAAAUAGGAAAAUUAUCCCAGGAGGAAAUACAUCAUUUGAUGUAGUUUUUCUUGCAAGAAUUGUGGGAAAUGUAGAAAAUACAUUAUUUAUUAACACAUCUAAUCAUGGGGUAUUUACUUACCAGGUGUUUGGCGUAGGAGUACCAAACCCAUACAGACUACGCCCUUUUAUAGGAGCAAAAGUUCCUGUGAACAGCAGUUUUUCUCCUAUAAUAAACAUACACAAUCCCCAUAGUGAACCUUUGCAGGUAGUAGAAAUGUAUUCAAGUGGGGGUGAUCUUCAUCUAGAGCUUCCAACUGGCCAACAAGGAGGAACAAAAAAACUAUGGGAAAUCCCCCCCUAUGAAACUAAAGGAGUAAUGAGAGCAAGUUUUUCUUCAAGAGAAGCAGAUAAUUACACAGCCUUUAUUCGAAUAAAAACAAAUGCCUCGGAUAGUACAGAGUUCAUUAUUCUUCCAGUAGAGGUAGAAGUUACAACAGCUCCAGGAAUUUAUUCAUCAACAGAAAUGCUAGAUUUUGGUACUUUAAGAACACAAGAUCUGCCAAAAAUUUUAAAUCUGCAUUUGUUAAAUUCAGGAACAAAAGAUGUGCCAAUAACC